UAAAAUAAUAAAAUAAUAAUAAAUCCCAAAAUCCCAUCCCCGUCAAUUCCCAUUCACUUGCUACUCCCACCCCCACUGGCUCACUCCCACACAGGAAAAAAAAUGGCUGCCAUAUUUUCCGUUUCCCAUUUUACCCCUCUCCCAUUUCUCUAUUUACUAAUACUCCUCUCUUCCUACCCUUUCCCCAUUUCCUCCUUCAACAUCACCUCUCUCCUCUCCUCCUACCCCGAUCUCUCCGACUUCAACAACCUCUUCACCACCACCGCCGUCGCCGCCGAUCUCACCACCCGCACCUCACUCACACUCCUCGUCGUUCCGAAUGCCUACCUCCGCUCCGCCUCCACCUCCGCCUCCUCCCACCCUUCCCCGACCAACCUCGCCGACGUCCUCCGCUACCACGUCCUCCUCGAGUACAUCACCUUAUCCGACCUCCGCCUCAUUCCCCCCACCGGCAAAAUCGUCACCACUCUCUUCCAGACCACCGGCCGCGCCGCCGCUAAUUCCGGCACAAUCAACAUCACCGUCGAUUCCUCCGGCGCCGUCACGUUCCACUCCCCAACCUCCAACGCCACCCUGCUCUCACCGGUCAAAACCCUGCCCUACAACAUAUCGAUCCUCUCGCUCAAUUCUCUCCUGAUUCCGUACAACGUCGAUCUCACGGCGUCGGAAACUCGCCCGCCGCUAGGGCUCAACAUCACCAAGGCGCUAAUCGACGGCCACGAUUUCAACGUGGCGGCGUCCAUGCUCGCCGCCUCGGGGGUAGUUUCGGAAUUCGAAGCCGACGAAGGCGGCGCGGGGAUCACGCUCUUCGUCCCCACGGACGAGGCGUUCUCCGAUCUGCCUUCCUCCGUCAAAUUCCAGUCGCUACCCGCCGAUAAGAAAGCAAUGGUGUUGAGAUUCCACGUCCUCCACUCCUACUACCCAUUGGGAUCUCUCGAAUCGAUUGUCAAUCCGGUUCAACCCACUCUAGCCACGGAGCUUAACGGGGCGGGUAGCUUUACCCUAAACAUUUCCCGGGUUAACGGGUCAGUAGGAAUCAACACCGGCGUACUACAAGCUUCGGUGACCCAAACGGUCUUCGAUCAAAACCCCGUCGCAAUUUUCGGGGUUUCGAAAGUGUUACUCCCCAGAGAGUUUUUCGGUAGCAACCCAAUUGAUCUAAACGAGCCCAGCGGCGGCGGUGGUGGAGGAGCAAUGGGCACCGCUCAGCCGCCGGAAACCGCUCUCUCGCCGGAAUAUCCUCCAAUAUACAGCCCGCCAAAUCAUCCGGGAAUGGGUAACCGGGCGGCUGAAACAGUGGGGGUUAUGAGAAUACUCUUGAUUCUGUGGUGUACAUGGAUCUGUUGCCACCUAUUUCUAUAGCUAUAUGAAAUUGAUUUUGAUUUUUGGAUUUUUGUGUGUGAUUCAUUCCAUAACACGAGAAAGAAAUCAAGAACUGUUGAGAUAUUUGCUAUCUGCCAACAAUUUAGGGUAGAAGAUGGUACCCCCAUUCAAUUGUCACCAUUUAUUCAAUCUGCACUAUUCUUAUUGUAAAGAAACUGAAAUUUUUGGAUAUUAAUAAUAUGUAAAACUAGUACCAUUGUUUUCUGUACGAGUUUGAAUUUACUACAGAAGGUGUGAGGUUAUCAAUGCAGAAUUGCAGGUGUUGUACUUUUGAUG